AUGACAGACGGUCCUACCCCUGCGAGCCAUGGGGGAGACGGCCGACCGGUGGAGUGUACAACGACCAGUAAUCCAUCGUCGACCCUGCCGCUGCUUUACGAUCUCGACGCACUGUCACAAAUCCCGGCAGGCGAGUCCACCAAGGACAUUCCGCCCGCGCCCAUAGGGGAAUUUACGAAACCACGCAAAUCGACGGCACCGACAAAUGCUGGGGAGGCCGGGACGUCGUCGGUGCCGACGAAUGCUGGGGAGGCCGGACUGUCGUCGGUGCCGACGAAUGCUGGGGAGGCCGGACCGUCGUCGGUGCCGGACGGAGCGGGCGAUCAGGAUGAGGAAAGUGACGACGCUUCAUCGUGCAGCGACGAUGAAGACGAAGACGACCCACGGCCUCGACGUGGCGCAGGUCCGCGCACGUUGGAAGAGAAGCUCAGGGGGGAACGUGCGUUCAUAGAGGAUCUGUUGGACGAGGACGAGCUUGAGGACCUGUUAAACAUGGCGGUGCCACGAGAACAGUGGAAGGCGGCCGACUUCGUCGAGGAAGAUAUAGUCUACGCGUGCGUCGACGUACUCGUGAUGGAGGCAAUGCGCCACCUGAAAACCCUGGAGGCUAAGAGCACGCUGAAGCUGUACACCUCUUGGAUUUACCACUACAAGAGGCGGGAGUACAAGAUCGACGCCGAGACGAACGCGCCGGUGAAAUCGAACACGGUGCACAUGAUCCUAGGCCGCAUCAAGGCCUGCCAGAUGGCGGCGAGGGUGGAGGCGACUCUCUUCAAGGAGAAGGAGUUGGGCAUCAUGCGGGAAAUCUCGGUGGUCCGGUCGGAGGUGCGGGUCAUGGUCCGCACAAAAAAUCAGAAUGACGUCAGGAAUUGCGCGGACCGUCGACGCGGCACCAUCGGCGACACAUACACCGCCGAACAGUUCCGCCAGAUCAUGAUGAGGGUGCUGCCAACCUGGGUGGCAUCGGCGUGGAACCCGCGGGCAACCACUCCUUCGCAGACGCUGUGGAGGUUUCUUCUCGUGAAGGUGCUCACGCUACUCUCCCACCACAGUCUCCUGCGUGGGGCCAGCAUCCGCGAAAUCACACUCCCCGACAUCUUCUUGUACCGACUGGCUAGCACCUCGUCGGUGAACCCGGAAAACCAGCCGGUCGUCAUGGUGAUCGCCGCACGGAACUCGAAGACGUCCAAGGAUGCGCGUCUUCAGCAGAGCUACGCGGCGCGGCACCUCGAAGCGGAGUUGUGCGCCGUCGGCGAGACCGGCCUGUGGCUGCACUUCAUCCUCGACCAGAUCCGUCAGUUUCACGGCGUCGACCUCAUCCCGCCGGUGGACACCAGCACGCGCGAGCGCUGGUACAAGAAGCACCUGUUCUUCGCCCGCAACGACGAGGAGCAAAUGGAACUCCCUGCUGCCAGCCACCAGCGAUGGACGAGGCAGAUGUGGAAGACGAACGGUGUGUUCUGCAAGCGGAACGUCCACGCCGCUCGAGCAGGCGGGGCGCAGGAGCUGGCCAUCGACGGUACGUCUCGCGCCGAGAUAGCCGAGCUGGGUCACUGGGCGAUCGACAAGAUGACUCGAGCUUACAUCACCGCCAUUCCCGUCGGCGUGGUGAUGAAGAAGGCCGGCUAUUCGGGUGCCAAACAGGACUACUUCUUGGGUCGCAGCAGGGUGGAACCCGGCGACGAACUCCUGGCGCUCAUCGCCGAGUACAUCUUCCCGGGCGUUGACGACCUGGUUAAGAAGAUCAUGCGCCGCAUUGUCGUCGAAGACCUCGCUGUGAAACUCGUCCGCACCCCUUGGCAUCCGUACGUCCAAUAUUCCAAGCUCUGCAGGAUUCCCCUCUUCCAGCACUGGGCGAAGAGGGUCGAGAAGCUCGACACCGAGACAAUAAAAAAGCGCCGAGACCCGACCCUCAUUCAGCCUGAGGAGAUAUCUGUCCGCUUGGACGCCGAACACGCGGUCAUGUCGCUCACCGACACACUGAAGUACGAGAGGGAAAGGUCGGCGGUCCAGAAGAUAGACCUCGAAGAGGAUAUCGAGAAGCGCGACGCGAUCAUCGCGACGCUGACAGCAGAGAUAACCCGCCUCACAGAGGCACUCCGCGUCUCAGAAGCAAGGAGGAUGCCAGAGGCGUCGCCAGCUGCGAACGAGCAGUCGCCGAGGGACGGUGGCUCCGCGGACUCGGCAAGCACGGGUUCCGGAGCCAAGAAACCCCCGAAACCCCCACAGACAGUCGAAGAGGCUAGUUACGAGCUCAACGUGGUGCAGCCUUGGCGGGAUGCAACGACCGUGAGGGACGCGUGGCGCCUCUGGACCUCUUGCACCAGCGCCGACACCCGUCGUCUGUGCGACAGGUUUGCAGAGCCGGGGUUCGUCGACCGCCACACCCUCCUCAAAGGCGCGACGCAGGGAGCACUCGAGAAGAGGGUGCGCCGCAUGAUGAAGGUCAUUGAUGCAGUGCACCAUCUUCGCCGGAGCGACGGCGAGGCCGACACAGAAGCCGUCGUCGCAGCGCUUAACAAGAUAGUGGCGCCUGGCAUUGGGACCUUCUCGGAUGCACUCACGGUGCUCAACGCUGAUGCCGUAGCGACGUACUCCCAGCCGGGUAAGGGCGUCAAGGGGCUCGGCAAGAGGGAAUUUUCCAAGCUUCGUGUCGCCUGUGCGUUCGUGGCUCGCGGGCUGAAGCCGGAACAGUGGGUCGCUGACCUGUUCCCGGACACCUGGAAGGAGCAGAUGAAGAUGACGUUGGCCGACAUGGCCGGGGAGGACGAUGGGCAGCUGCCCCCGACCAAGAAGUCGCCCAAGCGCAAGAAGACCGCGUAA